AGACUCUGACUAGUGAGUCGUCUGACGUGUCGAUUAGACCCGAACCUCAGACCCAUAUGCGGCCAAGUCUUCUGCGGAUCCGGUCAGACCAGCCGGCGCGUUGACAAUUUAACGCUCGUCUCCUCGUCGUGCUACGGAACGGGUGCUUGGAUAGCCCCAAAAGCACGAAGAUAGCCCAGCAGUUCGUCAAUAAAUUGUCCAAUUUGAUAUAGUUAUUACAGAUACAAUAUUAAUAUUUGUUAAUAUUGUAUCUUACAAGCUCCCCUUUUAAAAAGUAAAAACCGUAGAGUAGUGUUACUUCAGUUUUUUGGGGGGAUGGACUUUUUUAUAUCAACAUGGACACAUGAAGAUUGUUUAAAUAUAGGUAGAUCUCCGUGCUUUCGAGGCUAUCCAAGACCCCGUACCGUAACACCACGAAUAGACGAGCAUUACAAUGUAAGCGCCGGCUUGUUGGACCGAAGUUUCUCAGUAAUGGCUCACUUGGCCGCAGGGAAUACGUAGACACCACCCCUUUCUUCUCGCUGGUUGCAGGUCUUCGCAGUCAAAUGAAGUCGGGCUUUCAGUUGCGUCGUGGAGGUCUGUGCUGCUGGAAGUAUUUGUGCUGCUGGUGUCCGACUGAGCUAUUGAAAGGAUGGAAAACUCGAAUAGACCGAAAAUUGCUAACGUUUAUAGGGGGACAUUUAUCCACUCGACCCAGAAAACAGCGCUGCAGAUCCUAGAAGACGAGCUCCUGGGAGUGGAUACAGAUGGAAAGAUCGCUUUUACUGGGAGAGGCACAGAGCUUGUCAGACUUUCUCAGACCUUUGGUUUCAGUCCAACUGAAGUCAUUCAGCUGGCGAAACAUGAGUUCUUCAUGCCAGGACUGGUGGACACCCACAUCCAUGCAUGCCAGUACAGCUACGCAGGCACAGCACUGGACAUGCCCUUACUGCAGUGGCUCAAUACCUACACCUUUCCUGUGGAGUCCCACUUCAAGGACUUGCAGUUUGCCCACAAGGUCUACUCUCAAGUAGUGAAAAGGACCCUGAGAAACGGAACAACCACGGCAUGUUACUUUGCUACCAUACAUACAGAUGCCUCUCUUUUGUUGGGGAAGAUUGCAAAUGACUUUGGACAGCGUGCCUUUGUGGGCAAGGUGUGCAUGGACAGGAACGAUUCUGUGAAACAUUACAAAGAGACCAAUCAGGAGUCUCAAGAAGAAACCUGCCGGUUCAUUGCAGAGCUCUUGAACAAAAAGUACCCUCUGGUGAGACCAGUGGUGACUCCCCGCUUCGCUCUAUCCUGCACAGGAGCCUUGCUCGGACAGCUGGGAGCAAUCGCUAAGAAUAACAACCUGCACAUUCAGAGUCAUAUCAGUGAAAACGUAGAGGAAGUUAACCUUGUAAAGAAGAUGUUUCCUGACUCAGAGUCGUACACAGACGUCUAUCUCAAACAUAACCUGCUCACAGACAAGACAGUGAUGGCUCACGGCUGCUACCUCAGUGAUGAAGAAUUGGUUCUGUUCAGAGAGACAGGAGCCUCUUUGGCUCACUGUCCCAAUUCCAACAUUUCGUUGUGCAGUGGAAUGUUGAAUGUCCGCAACGUCCUUAAUCACAAAGUGAAGUUGGGGCUGGGAACAGACGUGGCGGGGGGCUACUCGGCCUCGAUGCUGGAUGCUGUGAGGAGAGCUCUUGACACAUCCAAAAUCUUGACCAUCCAGAACCCAGAAUAUAAAACGCUCUCCUUUGAGGAGGUGUUCAGACUGGCCACACUGGGAGGCAGCCAAGCCUUGUCCCUGGAUGAUCAGACAGGAAACUUUGAAGUUGGCAAAGACUUUGACGCCCUAAGGGUGAAUGUAGCUGCUCCUGGUGGACCCAUCGACCUGGUCCAGUGUGAGGAACCAAAGAUUAUUUUGGAAAAGUUCUUAAAUUUGGGUGACGAUCGUAACAUAGCAGAGGUGUUUGUGGCCGGGAAGAAGGUGGUACCAUUCACAGAGCCAACCACAGAAUAAACGCUUUGCACUCGUCUCAAAGCCUAAACACCCUGGAAAGUUAGCUUGAAGAUGGCGUUAACCAACAAAAUACAUGUAAAUUUGAUAAAUAUACAAGAUAUGCAGCUUAAGAAGGAUCAGUGAGAAACGCACUACCGCACGAUUGUCCUUUAAUACUAAGACAUAUAAGUAGGACAUUAAUCAUUACCGUUACCAUUUAACUCGUAGAUACAGAGGACAUAAGAGGAAACAUGAUUUUGAAUUAUUUUCAGUGAGUGUCAUCACUCUGUUUCUUUAAGUCUUUCAUGAUUAUUACUGGGCUUUAAAACAGAAAAUAAGGGACUUAUUAACAUUGCACUUGCUGUUUGGCAUUUUUGCGUACUAAAACAUAUUUAUGCACCAGCCUUUUGCUUAUUAACAUCACUCUUAAUGAUCAUUUCCACAAUGUUUAGAGUUUGAUAUAUUUACCUCAAAUCCUCACUAACUAAUAUACACGUACUGGUGAUCAUACUGUGCCAACGACAACAUAUUUUCUAUUGCAGGUUGAUAUCACAUUGUGUUGCCUCAAGAAAUUUAAACUACACAAUUGUCUGUGAUGUAGUGCUAUUUAUCAAUCUAGAUUGUUUUUGUGUGAGCUGCCUAGUUGUGGAAGUAUUUGUCACAGGGCGAAAACCAGGGACCCAAAGCACGAUUCACGAAACAGAGGUAACAGAUAAUAAUCCUUUACUGGAGUAACAGCAGGAACAGAACAGAACAGAACAGAAAGAAAAAGGGGAACAGACCGCUGGCGCGCUUGGUCGGAAAACACAAGACAAUCUGGCAGAGGACAAGUGCACGUGAGGGGACCUAAGUAGUGAGGGACUAACGAGGGAAUGGGCUGCAGGUGAGACGGGCAUGAGGACCAGGUGAAGGGAAUGAGAGAUGAUCAGGUGUGAAGCAGGAUCUGGAACGACAUGAGAGUUAGUAAACAUAUGUUACAGUAUUGCUCAUAGAGAUAUCUGCCUUCUCUCCAAUGAACUACAAAGUAUGUGGUUUAUCUUGAAUUACUUGUUGUUUUGAGCAGCUCAAGCCGAGUGCCACACAAUCACAUUAUAAUGGGGAUAAGGCAAACUAUCUGAAUGUUGGGGAAUUAAGGGACAUUUGUGGACAGCUUGCUGAAUAUGUGGUUUUCUUGAGAAUGUAUACAUGUUUAAACAUGUAUUGUUUUGACUUGUAUCACAACAUAUCACUCUCGACCAAAAUGUUUAUGUUUGAGGAACUCUUUGAUAUGUCGCUCAAUGGAAGAUUGAAAUAAAGAAUACCACCA